AAAUAUUUUUUUUUUACUCAUAUCACAUCACUGGCGAAAUAACUAAAUUAUCUGGCACUCCCUGUACAGCGACUGACAUAAUUUCAUUGUUGUUAUUUUUAUUUUAUUUUUUUUUUCAAAAACAUUGAAAUGGGAAUAGCAAAAACGACGAGUAAACACAUAAGCAUUGUUUCUACACAAAUCAAAAGUGCAUGAAAUUUUCACGUGAAAUUUGGCUUUAGAAAAUAUAGAAACUAAGCAAAAAAUAAGCGCAUUAUUUUGGUGAAAUAUUCAAAGUAAAACUAAGAAAGCAAACAAAAGUGUCUUUUAAGAAAAUCGGCGCGUACAUUCUCAGCUGUAAUUGCGCUCAUUGAAAUGUAAUAGCAAGCGUUUAAUAAGUCUGCAAAAGUCUCAAAAGAGAGAUCAACAACAUGUGAAAUUGCUGGCGGAUGACAGAUCCGCUGACAGGCCGGUGUGUAAACAGACAACUCCGAGAAGAUAACAGUUGUAAACAAGUCAAAAACUAACACCAACUGUUUGAUAAAACGCCAGGGCACACAGCCAGCCGCGAAUCUUUGCAGUACCAAAUGGUUCAUUGCGGCAGUGAAACGAUUCUUUGUCACGCGCGUGCAGUCAAUGAAAAGCAUUGAAGUGAAUUGAAUUGAAUUGGUGAAAACACGUUUCGUACGCUUCAUAAAAAUAUAUAACAAAAAAAGUUUGCUAAUUUUAUCAAUUGUGCGCGUCUCUUGCUCACACUCCACCCGCUUGGUGUGCGCUGACGCAUUCAUAUAACGAAGCACACAUAUACACACACAACAGUAACACGCGUAUGUGUGUAUGUGUGUGUAUCGCUGUUCUUGUAUGAAUUAGUGUUCAUUAAAAUUUUAUAAUUCCAAUCGUGAAGUGCUUUAUUAAAAACGGCGAACAGUUAAAUAUUUAUCAGUAUAACCAUAGUGAUCGCUUAUACAUACCAACACACAUAUAUACAUACAUACAUACAUACAUACAUAUGAUUAAAUCAUGCUGUGAUCGUAAAUGCUAAAACUAAAGCAAAUUAAACGCAAAUUACUUAGACAAAUCGAGCGCAUAAUCGAGUGAAUAAGUAGUAGAAGGAGAAGCAUAAUCGUUUUUUGUUUAAAGAGUGUGAUACGCCAAGCGAAAUUGUGUGCAAUUAAGAUUGUGUGAAUUCCCAAUGCCUUAAUGGUGUGAGCGAUUGAACAAACAUUGAGUACAACAGCUUUAUAAAUACAACAAAACAUACACAUCACCACAUAGAACCAUAUUAUAUACGCGGCGCAACAGCUGCAACUGCUUAAAUAAAACGAAAAUCAAAUUUAUUAUUUAUCGAAAUAUAUCGAUAUCAAAAUAAAUUAUAUAUCGAACAAAGUUAUCGAGCACAAAGUUAUCGAUUACUUGCAAAUGUUUAACAUUUGCCACACCAGUAAGUUGAAAAACUUUGCGCCGUCAUGAGCAUUGAUGUCACAGCGUCUCAUGAUGUCGCCGAAACUUCCAACAACACAGACGAUCCCGUCUCCAGCUGUGAGAUCACAGAGGCCGAUACGACCAGUUUUGAAAUUGACGAAAGCGAGGAUGAGGCCACCAUCACGGAUAUGCUGGUCGAUGAUGUGGCCACCGCCCCGGCGCUGAACGUCGCCCCAAUACCCGAUGCGCUGUGCAACAAUGGCGAGCGCCAAAACGACAACGUAGGCCGACUCAGAAUCAAAAGCCGCAGCAGCAGUCGUUCCAGCAGUAGUAGCAGUCACAGCAACAGCAGCACCUACAGUAUCGGUAAUAUACCGAGGGAUGCGAAUGCAAACUUAGCAAGUGAUCUCAAUAAGAAUGAAUUUAUAGCCGUUGUUACCAUUAAUACGCUUAAUCCUUUGACGACCAGCGAUCUUGCUGAUGAACAAACAACCGCUUUUGUGGAGCCACAACCACAACAACAACGCACUAAUAAUACGCCAGCAAUAUUCUCAAGAGCUGACACCACGGAGGAUAAUAGUGGUUCAAAAACAUCCACUGCCUCACACACCACGUCCUCCACGCCCACAACGGCAGAUGUCGCCAACGUCGCUAUGAUGGAUGCUUCUGCUUUUAAUUUGCUGAAGAAAAAUGCCGCACAUGCUUUGCCAGCAACACAAGCACAAUUGCAAAUGAUCGUCGCUUCGGCUGCUACCGCACAACAACUGCAACAACAACCACAGCUUUUAAUCGAGUCGAACAAUGCAGCUUCCAUAUCCGAGGACAAUAUAUCGUUUUCCAUUGCAACAACAACAACUACAACUAUCACUGACUUAGACACAGACAAUAUUUGCACCGCAAGUCCAGACGCUAAACUAAUGCUGGCCAAGCGUGCAAUGCUACAAAAUCAAUUAGCUGCUAAUUUUAGUGAAAAUAGUAGAUCGGUAUCGGCGAACGCUGAUAAUGAUCCAACAACAGCAUUAUCUUAUGUAACAAGCGGCAAUGAUAUGCCAAUACCGCCGGUAGUAACGGUGAAAACUCAAUGGCGCUGGGUGGACUGGACUCGUUGGCUAUGCUUGCACUUUAAGAGUUCCGGCAUUGGCGAGCCCAGCGUGUACCAUGCUUUGGUUGUUAUAUUUUUAGAAUUCUUUGCCUGGGGUCUUUUGACAAUGCCUGUAAUAUCGACCCUGAAUCAGACGUUUCCCGAUCACACGUUCCUCAUGAACGGACUGGUCAUGGGCAUUAAGGGCAUCUUGUCCUUUCUGAGUGCACCACUCGUGGGCGCGCUCUCCGACAUUUGGGGGCGUAAAUUUUUCCUACUCAUCACAGUAUUCUUUACGUGCGCACCAAUACCGCUGAUGGCCAUCAAUUCGUGGUGGUUCUUCGCAAUGAUCUCCAUAAGUGGUGCGCUGGCCGUUACAUUCUCCGUAGUGUUCGCCUAUGUGGCUGAUGUCACUACCGUGGAGGAGCGUUCGCGUGCGUACGGCUUAGUUUCAGCAACAUUCGCCGCCAGUCUGGUUAUUUCGCCCGCACUCGGCGCUUUGUUAAUGGAGACGUAUGGCGAUACAUUGGUGGCCGCGCUAGCCACCGCUAUAGCGGUUCUAGAUGUUUUCUUCAUAUUGGUGGCCGUGCCCGAAAGCUUGCCAGAAAAAAUUCGUCCUUCAUCUUGGGGCGCGCCCAUUAGCUGGGAGCAGGCUGAUCCCUUUUCCGCGCUGCGGAAGGUAGGCUCCGAUCAGACCAUACUAAUGCAAUGUGUCGCUGUGCUUUUGUCAUAUCUGCCUGAGGCGGGGCAAUACUCGUGCAUAUUUGUUUAUUUGAAAUUGAAAAUGGGCUUCAAUUCAAUGGAAGUGGCCGUUUUCAUUGCUGUUGUUGGUACGCUAAGCAUAUCCGUGCAAGUGACUUUGGGUUAUCUAAUGCGGGUAUUUGGUGCAAAAAAUACUAUUAUUUUAGGUUUAGUACUAGAAAUGUUACAAUUAUUGUGGUAUGGACUUGGCAGUAAGUCAUGGAUGAUGUGGGCAGCCGGCAUUUUGGCCGCACUCGGUUCGAUAACUUAUCCAGCGAUAAGCGCUUUUGUUUCAAUCCAUUCGCAUCCAGACAGACAAGGUGCCGUUCAAGGAAUGGUCACUGGCAUGCGUGGUCUUUGCAAUGGUUUGGGCCCGGCUUUAUUUGGUGUAGUUUUCUAUUUAUUUAAUGUGGACUUGAACGAUGACAUGUUGGCAAAACCUGAUGACGCAGUACAAAACGAGAGUAAUAAAUACACAGAAUUGAUACCAGGUCCACCAUUCGCUAUUGGCGCACUUAUGGUUAUACUAGCGAUUUUGGUUGCUAUCUACAUUCCAGACAAAAAUGAUAUCAAUGUGAAUCGAACAUCAAGUGAAAAAAAGCGUGCCUCUGUGGAUGUUCAGUACGAAAUCGAGUGCGGCAACAAGUCGACGAGUCCACUAGCACCACUAAUGCGAUCCGACUCAAUGGCACAAUUGUAGCUUUUAGUAAAUUAAAACCAAAUAUAUAAAAAAGGACAUAUUUGUUUUCGUAUUUUUCGAAGAAUUUGUGAAAUGCAGAGCAGAGGAAUAUAGAGUAUAGAAAUGAAAAGAUAUAAGAAGAAACCUUAAAUAAGUGCUGACUUUUUUUUUAUUUUGUAGUUGCUAAAUUUUAAGCUAAUAACAAAAUGAAUUCCUAUACUGAAGUUAUUUAUAAUUUUAACUUUAAUUUAAAAAGAGCAAAUGUAUUUUUAAUGCAUGUAUGCAUGUUCGUUCUGUAUGUAUGUAUGUGCUGUAUAUAAAACAAAACAAACAAACAAAAAAAAAAAAAACACAAAAACAAAUGUAGUAUAUUAAAAGAAAGAAGAAGAAGAAGAGCUCUGAGCUUUGUUUAUGGUUUUAUUUUUGAAAACCAAAAUUUGAUGAAUAAAUUUGUAAAGUACGCAAUGUCCCCAACGUUCCCACAUACAAUGUUGUGCUAUAAUUAUUAGUUACAUAAUCAGUGCAUCAGUGUGCAGAUACAUGCACCUAAAUUGCAAUUUGUUUUUUUAGUUUUUUUUCACUUUAGGUGGCUACUCCACUAAGUUCAAAUGUAUAAUUUAAUAAUAACGAGAGUUGAAAUAUUUUUGUGAAACCUUAAACUUAGCGUUGUACUGGAAUAUAAUAAAAAAAAAGAGAACGAGUGCGAUUCGCCGAUUGCAUAUCUUAAAA